GUUAAUACUCAUGUUUGAACCUUUAAUUUUUAUAGUAAAAAAUGAAGGAGCUUUUAGAGCAACGUGCAGCAGGGAAAAAUAAUUUGACGGAUGAAGAAAUUUAUGAAAAAGUUAAACCCAAAGGAAAAUGCCAACGUGAUCGUCGAAUGGGAGUAAGUCCUUCCAUUACAUCAAUGUAUGGGUCAUUCAGUGAAGGAGAACAAUUGCGUAAAGAAGCAGAAGAAGCCAAGAAAGAAGCUAAUGAGGCUAAGAAAGAAGCAUAUGAGGCCAAUGAGAAAAACAAAGUGCUCACCAAAGAAGUGAAGCGUUUCAAAGGCAAAAUGAAAAAUAUGAAAGGUUGUAUGGAGAAAUUGUUGGACAUCAUGGGUUAUGAUAUCUCAGAUUUAAUAACGAAUGAGGUUGACGAGGAGAGUGACGAAGUGUCAUCGGAUGGAGAAGAUCAGUGAAUUAUUUGAAAUGAUUUUGUCCUUAGCUUGUAGUUAUAUUUGACUUCACUUUUGAUUAGUAGGCAAUACAUUUCUUUAGCUAUGUAUUAAUAAAUUGAAUAUUAUUGACUUAUUAUAAAUUUUUGAAGUUAGUUAUUUACUUAUUUGUAAUAGUUGGAUGACUAAACUUUGCUUUGUAUUUAUUUAUGCUACAUAAUAAUGCAG